GCCCCGCCGCCGCCCUCAUGCGGCGCCCCGCCGCCGGCCGCCUCUCGCCAGGGGACGCCGGGCCCGACAUGGCGGCGGCGCGGCCGGUGCUAGCCCGAGCCAUGCUGCAGCAGUGCCUGUCCGCCCGGCUGCAGGUGCGGCCGCCCGAGAACGGCGCCGAGGCCGAGUGGGUGGAGAUCCAGAGGGGGCUUGUUAUCUACAUAUGCUUCUUCAAAGGUGCUGAUGAAGAUCUUGUUCCAAAAAUUGUCAACACGCUGUUGAAUGUUAAAUUAAGUGAAAAUGAAAGUGGAGAGUACGUAUCUGUCCUUGAUUUACCAGGCAACGUGCUCAUCAUACCACAGGCUACCCUGGGUGGUAAGCUGAAGGGAAGAAAGAUGCAGUACCAUGCAAACAUUGAAAAAGAAAAAGGGCUGGAACUUUAUUCUCAGUUUGUGACUUUAUGUGAAAAGGAACUGGCUGCCAAUGCCAAAUGCAUGGAAGCAGGUGUUCUUGUCAAGUAUGGCACAUAUGGAAACAGACAGGUGUUAAAACUGGAUACAAAUGGACCUUACACUCAUUUGGUUGAAUUCUGAAAAAAAAUAAAUGAUAUCCGGGAUACA